AUGCAUGUACUCUCCCUCGGCGUCCUUGUCUCCCUCCUCUCCAGUUCCGUGUCGGCAUGGAACGCUCCCACAUACUCGGACCUUCGCCUGGUCUGGCAGGAUGCCUUUGCUGGCAGCCAGGGCUCAGCCCCUGACGCUGGUCGGUGGAACUACAUCACAAACAUCAACGUCAACAACGAGCUGCAGCGUUACACCACCGACUCGCGUAACCGGCAGCUCUCUGGAGGCGAGACUCUGCAGAUUGUGCCCUGGUACACCAACAACGAGUGGACGUCGGGCCGCAUCGAGUCCAAGUACACCUUUACGCCGGCGUACGGAAGCAUCACGGUCGGCGAGGCCCGCCUCCGCUUCGGGGACAACCCCACCAGCCAGAAGAAAGGCAUCUGGCCCGCCUUUUGGCUUCUCGGAGACUCGCUCCGCUCGGGCACCCCCUGGCCGCAGUGCGGCGAAAUCGACAUCCUGGAGACGGUGAACGGCGCCCUGACUGGCUACGGAACCGUGCACUGCGACGUGUACCCGGGAGGCAUCUGCAACGAGCCGAGCGGGCUGGCUGGCACCACAUCCAUUCCGGACCAGGGCUGGCACACGUGGCGCGUGCAGUUUGACCGCCGUGCCGGUUCCUGGCGUGACGAGACCAUCACGUGGUUCAUUGACGGCCGACAGUUUUUCCAACUAAACGGGGCCCGGAUCGGCAACGAGGGGGUGUGGAAUUCCCUGUGCCACUCGCCACUCUACUUCAUCCUGAACUUGGCUGUUGGAGGCACAUUUCCCGGCAACCCUGACGGAAACACUCUUGACGGCUGGGGGAGCAUGAUGGAGGUUGGCUAUGUGGCUCACUAUGUUGGAAUCUGA